GUGAAACAGUAAACAUGAAGCUCGUAUCAUUUGUGACUGUUGUUUGUUUAUUUAUUGGUGCUGAAUCAUUUUUGAUGUUUCCAUGUAGUCCUAGCUACUUAAUUGAUUUUUUCUUUAAAUCCUACAUUCCAAGACGCUUACAAUCUCAUUAUGAAAAGGAUCUAAUGAAAUACGCUAUUCCUGGGGAAGAAUGCAACAGAAAAUGCACUCAAAAUGACCAAAAAGUUUGUUAUUUCAAAUUUACUCUAGAAUAUUAUCAAGUCAUGGGCGGUGCAUGCAACAAUUGCUUAAAAGGAAACCACACUGACUGUUUUCAUACUCAAUGUGUAGUUGGCGAUGGAAUCGAAAGAACAUUUCUUGCUGUCAAUCGUCAACUGCCUGGUCCAGCUAUACAAGUUUGUCAAAAUGACAUCAUUGUUGUAGAUGUAGAAAAUGAAUUGGAUGGAAUGGCUACAACAAUUCAUUGGCAUGGCUUUUUGCAAAAAGGAACUCCAUAUAGCGAUGGUGUUCCAUUUUUAACUCAAUGUCCAAUACAAUUUUCAUCAAAAUUUCGUUACACAUUUUAUGCAAAAGAAUCAGGAACGCAUUUUUAUCAUUCACAUGCAGGACUUCAUAAAACAAAUGGACUUUAUGGAGCACUGAUUGUACGCUCAAAGCCAUUAGAGAAUUUAUAUGAUUUUGACUUUCCCGAAUUUUAUAUUUUUUGUGCUGAUUGGAUGCACGAGUAUGCUGAAGAGUAUUACCCCGGAUUAGCAUCUAAAUUGCCCAUAGUUCACUCAAUCCUCAUCAAUGGACACAGUAAAUUUUUGAAUAAAACCACAAUGAAGUACUCGGACGCACCGUUGACACUGUACAACGUCCAACCAAACAUACGUUAUCGCUUCCGUAUUAUAAAUGCAGCAUUUAAUGUUUGUCCAUUCCAAAUACAAAUUGAGCGACAUAAUUUUACAAUAAUUGAAAGUGAUGGCGAACAAAUGGAACCAAUGACUGUUGAUACUUUAUAUUUUCUACCUGGCGAGCGUUAUGAUAUCACUGUACAUACAGUUCAUGAAGUGCGAGAUUAUUGGAUUCGAGUAACAACAUUAUUCCCAUGCAUAAAUACAAACACAAUUGAAGGAUUUGCAGUUUUAAGAUACCACAAUAAAGUAAUGGAUGGAAUGAGAAAUGUAAAUGUUGAGUUUGUUAGCAAUACUCUACCAUUAUGGAAUGAAAGCUUUGCAAUAGGCAAAAUGUUCAAUACACCGCAACCAACCAUUCAUGGAAUUUCUGUUGCAGAGACUAAAUCGCAUAACGCAAAGGAAAAUUUCAUUAGCUCAGCUGCUGAUCAAAUAUUUUAUUUAAUUUUCGAUACACCACUUUUCAAUAAUGAAGUUCUCUUCACGUCAAAGAAGGCAUUCAAGUUUAUGGUUGCCGCAGACAAGUUCAAUCUCAACAACGCCGGUACAAUCAACAAUAUCAGUCUCAUGACUCCACCAUUUUCACUACUCUCACAAAAGUCCAUCUACAAUGAAUCAAUUUUUUGUGAUGUAAAAAAUUUGAAGAAUGCAAAUUGCAUUGAAAAUUCAUCAGUAUGUCAGUGCAUUCAUAGGCUGAAGGUAAAACUCGGAUCUAUAGUUGAAUUAGUGCUUAUUGAUCUCAAAGAUCCAUUUACACAUCCAUUUCAUCUGCAUGGACAUAAGUUUUAUGUAAUGGAUAUGGGAAUACUUGAUAAAAAUGUGUCUAUUGAUGAAAUUCUGAAAAAUGGAAUUGAAAAACCGAAAAAUUCUAAUGAAAAUCCACCACUGAAAGAUACAAUUCAAAUUCCAAAUACGGGAUAUGUGAGAGUUAAAUUUAAAGCCAACAACUUAGGCUUCUGGAUUGGACAUUGCCAUUUUGACUUUCAUUUAGCACUCGGCAUGGCUGUCAUCUUUCAAGUAGGUGAGCUCAGUGAAAUGAAGAAAGCGCCCGAUGGCUAUACCGAAUGCAACAAUUUCAUGCCAAAUCAAAUUGUAUAAUUCAUUUAGCAAUAAAUUUUAAAUGAUUUAACCUCCCGA